UAUACCAGAACCAUGUGAAGUGCUUUUUCCUACAGGAACUUCGCGGUGAAUAGAAGCCGCAUUUUCAUCCACUUUACAAGCACAACAACAACUACAAAGCACCACAUAUCGGAUAAGAGAGCGAUCGAUCGAAGCAAGUGAAAGAACAAUGAAGGGCCGCGUUGCUUCCGAUGAGCCGGAAAGUAGGGAAACGGAGAUCACUGGGGGCCCGUCGACGCAACACCGGGCAGAGAACAACCAAUCUGUUUACAAGAUCGGAUUUCCUCCGAAAAAGACCCUCCUCAGAGAGUUUACAGAUGCUGUAAAAGAAACAUUGUUCCACGACGAGCCUUUGCGCCCUUACAAGGACCAACCGGUCUCGAGGAAGCUCGUAUUAGGCCUUCAAUUCCUUUUCCCGAUCCUCGAGUGGGGGAGACAAUACAGUUUUAAUAAGUUCAAAGGAGAUCUUAUCGCCGGGUUGACCAUCGCAAGCUUGUGCAUUCCACAAGACAUUGGUUAUGCAAAGCUAGCCAACUUGGAUCCACAAUAUGGCCUUUAUUCGAGUUUUGUUCCUCCGCUAAUUUACGCGGCGAUGGGUAGCUCGAGGGAUAUCGCUAUAGGGCCUGUCGCUGUCGUGUCUCUACUGCUUGGAACACUUAUCCGAGAAGAGUUUGAUCCGGUGAAGCAAAAAGCUGAGUACUUCCGUCUCGCAGCCACUGCAACAUUUUUUGCUGGUAUCACUCAAGCAGCACUAGGAACCCUCAGGUUGGGCUUCAUUAUCGAUUUCCUAUCUCAUGCCGCCAUAGUUGGUUUCAUGGGUGGGGCAGCCAUUACAAUUGCCCUUCAACAGCUGAAGGGAUUUCUCGGAGUAAAGAACUUCACCACGAAGACCGACAUAGUUUCUGUAAUGAAAUCCGUGUGGGGAAAUGUUCAUCAUGGGUGGAACUGGGAAACCGCAGUCAUAGGAUCGGCUUUCUUGGCUUUCCUUCUGAUCACGAAGUACAUAGGGAAGAGAAAGAAGAGCCUUUUCUGGGUGCCUGCGAUUGCGCCACUGAUCUCUGUAGUUGUUGCCACCUUCUGUGUUUACAUAACCCGUGCCGACAAACGCGGUGUUCAGAUCGUGAAAGACAUAAGGAAGGGUGUUAAUCCGUCGUCGGUUCAUAAAAUUCACUUCACUGGUCCAUAUCUUGGAAAAGGAUUCAGAAUCGGCGCGGUAGCUGGAAUGGUGGCCUUGACUGAAGCAAUAGCAAUUGGUAGAACAUUUGCCGCAAUGAAGGAUUACCAAAUUGACGGAAACAAGGAAAUGGUCGCGCUAGGAACGAUGAAUAUCAUCGGUUCUUUGACUUCUUGCUACAUAGCAACAGGGUCCUUCUCAAGAUCCGCGGUCAAUUUCAUGGCUGGUUGUAGCACAGCAGUGUCCAAUAUAGUGAUGUCGAUAGUCGUAUUACUCACAUUGUUACUGAUCACUCCUUUGUUCAAAUACACCCCGAAUGCAAUCCUCGCAUCGAUCAUUAUUUCGGCCGUACUUAACUUGAUUGACAUUAAAGGUGCAUACCUUAUCUGGAAAUGCGAUAAGUUGGACUUUAUUGCGUGCAUGGGAGCUUUCUUCGGAGUUAUUUUCAUCUCUGUCGAGAUCGGUCUCCUAAUUGCUGUGUCGAUAUCGGUUGCUAAGAUAAUUCUUCAAGUAACAAGGCCAAGGACGGUUUUACUCGGAAACCUUCCGAGGACCACUAUAUAUAGGAAUGUCGAUCAAUACCCCGAGGCGACCAAAGUUCCAGGAGUUGUGGUUGUCAGAGUGGAUUCUGCGAUCUAUUUCAACAAUUCCAACUAUAUAAAGGAGAGAAUUCUAAGAUGGCUGAGAGAUGAGGAAGAUAGAAUCAAAGAGCAAAACCUUCCGAGAAUCGAGUUCUUGAUCGUGGAGUUGUCACCGGUUACCGAGAUCGACACAACCGGUAUUCAUGGCUUUGAGGAGCUACAUACUAUCCUCCGAAAGCGCAGCGUUCAGCUUGUUCUUGCCAAUCCGGGGCCAGCCGUGAUCGAGAAGCUCCAGCUGGCGAAAUUCACCGAGCUCAUCGGCGAAAAGAAUAUCUACCUCACAGUUGGAGAAGCUGUGGCCAAUUGUGCUCCAAAAUCAAGAGAAGAUGCAUGAAAGGAGAAGGAGAGCACAUUUUUAAGAGGGAAAUGUGAGGAGGGGUGUGUGUGUGUGUGUGUGUGUUUCAUGCUUUGAGUGUAGAACAAUAAUUAAUAGUGUAUGAGGGGAUUUAUUCAUGCACUGGUUGUUUUUGUAGUGUUAUUAUGAAUGUUAUAGAGGUGAGUUAUCUUA